AUGUCUCACCACCACUCAGCCUGGACCGCGAACCGGUUCGGAUCUCGGCCAGGCCACCCUACCGAUCCGCACCGUCACCACUGGAACGCCAUCCAAGACUCUCUUCACCCCAUCUACCCGCGCCCUCGUUCCAACGUCCAGCUCGACUAUCUCGACGAAAUUAUGCCUGCGCCGCGAUUGAAGGAUCACGUUGACACCUUUUUUGGACCGGUCAGUGACGGUGGAAGUACGAACAAAGACGCCCACUUCACCCCCGUCCACCUACACGCCUCCCACCACGCCGACCUCUUCGACGAUUUCACGCGCGACCGCCUCCCAGCCUCGGAAGACAUCUACGUGCCUCCGCACCUCCAGCCUCUUAACCCCGAAGACGAAGACGACGUGGUGCCCGACCAACACGCUGCGUUCGGCAUCCAAAAGGCUACACAAAAGACGCGCGAGCCGGCCUGGAGGGAUUUAGGACUGGAGGAGCUGAUGCAGCAGGGUCCCGGGGCGCCGGGGGCCGGGCUGGGAUUAGGGAAUGGCGGAGUGGGUGGUGGGAGUACGGCGGGGGUUGCGGGGGGUGGAGGACCAGGGGCGGGGAAUGGAGGGAGGAGCAGGGUGGCUAGGAAGAAGAUGAGAGCCGGUGGGCAUGGGGGGUUGCCGAGGUGAAAAGUAAUGUCGAAGUGGAAGGGGGGAUGGUGAUGAUCGGGACAAGAGGAGAUGGAUGGAUAUGACACACAAUGACGGCGGCGCAUGAGCGACGCGAUACAACGCUGGCGAGCGAACAGCUACGGAACAUUUGCGGUUAUAGCAUGGGCAGGAGUUCGGGUCUCCCUUUUGCGACUCGGUGACGGAGCGCAACGCACGGAGUUGGAAGGUCAAAAAAUUAUACAGGUCACCUUGACGGGCAUGGAUCACAGAACAACAGAUAACAUCACGACAGACGGCAGGUUGGAAGCGGCGUAUGGCGACAUAGCUAGGAUGGCGCAAGUUUGCUUAUCAGAGAUAUCCCAUGGGCUUUUGCUGUUAAAGUUAUGUACCCAAAACAACUUAACUUUCCUCUCC